ACAAAAAAUUACACAUUUAAAUAAAAAAACACUAAAAAAAAAAAAAUACAAAAGUUACAAAAAGUAAAAAAAAAGUAUUUUUAAUUUCCAGAAUGUUGCAACCGAUUUCCGAGAGAUGGUCGCGCGCCUUACCCAAUCGCAAGUCAACGGACUGCAGCAAUAUUUUCGCCACUGGUAUUGUGCCGCCACGGGAAAGUUUUUUUCCAUCGUUCGAGAGAAGCAGCAGGGAUCCGCCCAUGGGAUUGCUGCUGGGCUGGGAGUUUGGACGCCAGUGGCUGCAUGAGCGUGAGACUUACCUGCGCGACAAGCGCCUGCAAGCGAAGGAGCAUCACAUCGAACCAGACUUCACGUGGUGGCUGAACAAACGCAAGGUGACCAAACGACGCAAAAUGUUCCACAGAAAAUCCCAGGGAGCCUCUCUGGCCAACUGCAAACUAACAGCUUUUGCUUUGGCCAGAAAGAACAGACGUCUACGCGCUGAGGAGCGCAAUAAGCGGGCUCUCGCUCCGAACACCGCUCACGUAUCUGGCGAGAGGAGGAAUUCGAAGUGUAUGUGCAAGAACGGCAAACGCAAGCCUCCGGGAAAGUAAUAGAAAUAGGGAGAGUAAACAGAACCACCAAAUCGUCUUCAGAAGAAAUGUAAAUGGAAUUGUAACUACCUGCAUAAUAUGCAUAUUUACAUUGAAAAAUGUAAAGUAUUAUAAAUAAAUAUUAGAAAAUAGUACAGCAUAA